AUGUGCUCAAUACGACGGUCUAAUAUUCGACGGGCUGAUCGGAAGUGCAGUUGCUCUGUCUCGCUCUUGCGGGGUACACUCCACAAGACACCCGACACCUCACAAGAAAAUGGUCAACCCCUCUCGGACCUUGCUGCACAAAUGCAGAAUGCACAGCACAACGGUCUUCAUGGAGUACAGAUUCGGCAAAAUGACAGGUCAGGAAUCGCAGUACUUCCCGACGAAAUAAUGGUGGAAAUAUUCGUCACCGUUGUUGCUCUUCUUUACGAAUCCGAGCCAACGAUAGGUGUAAUGUUUCCUCCUCCACGCCCACAUGGACAGCUCCCCCUUCACCCCAGCUGGGGACCAAGUCCACUACCGAGGGACACCUGGGUUAAGCUGUGCCACGUUUGCACCCGUUGGCGAGCUAUCCUGAUUGGCUAUACGCAAUUGUGGUCGCGCGUCCCUGCCGCGCGCUCCGACGAGUGGAUAACGACUGUGAUCGCACGUUCCGGUGGGCUGCCUCUCGACAUAGCGAUUGACUUGACCUUGUUCACGAGGUGGUUCACGCCGGCCCUUUCUCUUCUGCGGAAACACAUGACAAGAGUACGAUCCCUCUGUCUGGCUUCUGCAGACACCUACCUCGGUUUCUUCGACACGGCCGAUACCAGCCGUCUAGAAUCCCUAACGAUACGGGGAGACGCGGCGCACAGACACACCCAUGCUGGAAUCAUCCCAAACCCAGGGUUUCUUGGAAACGGAAUGCGCCAACUGCGCACACUCGACAUAAAGACUGCUGCCUUCCCCUGGGGCGCCGAUGUGCCCUGGGUGCUAAGUACGCGAGCAAGGCUGCCUCGUCUCAAGGUCUUCAAGAUUCGCAGCCUAUCCUUGAACACCACCGUAGGCCUGCCCGCCAACUCCAUUGCGCUGCCAGACCUCCGCCACAUUGAGGUCGUGGGAAGGGCGAGGGCCAUCGGUCUCCUCUUCACGCAUCUUAAUAUAAGUUGCUGUAUGCACAUGGCGGUGAACAUGGCCGUCCACUGGCCAAGGCUCGACAAAGAGGCAGAGCGGCGUGUGAUAUCUUGCAUGGCAGACUGGCUGCAGCUAGGCACGAAACCACUGCGCACGGUCCAUCUGCGGCACGAGUCAUUAUUCGUCGGCCAUGUCACAGGCUCGGACCAGGAUGGAGUGGAGGAUAUGUUUCACCUGGCACUUGCUGUUGAAUAUGAGCAACCACGCAUUUCCCUCACCAUGCUCUGCGAGGUCCUACAGCUCUCGGACGUACGGACCUUGCGCGUUUCCGGCCACCUCCUACGGAGUCCGUCGCAUGGGACCAUGACGUGUCACCCAUUCGAGAUUAUGCGGAAUGUAGAGACUCUCUGCUUGUGUAACGUGCCGCGCCAACGCGUGACGGAGCUCUUGGGGGCAAUACGCACUGAGCCACAUGCGCCUCACACGUAUCUAUUCCCUAAGCUUCGUCAUCUCGAGCUCUGCGAGAUCGACCUCGGUGGGGCAUUGCACGAGCUCUGUGAUACUCUGCAAAGGCGCCUUGAGGCUGGCAUAGGCCUUGCACAGAUGCCGUUGCGCCUAUGCGCAAACAUUGGUCAGCGUGAAGUCGAGCAACUCACUCUUGUUGUAGAUGCGGUGGUAUGGGACGGUGUGGUCGAGAAGAUUCAUCUUAUGAGUACCUACGACGUAGGCCCAUCCAGGUUCAACAUAAUUGGUGAUUGGUGGGUGUUACCCAAGUUGCGAGUGACAAGAUCUGAUUCGGGAUCAGUCAAUCAUAACCGCAUCAUGAAUGACAUCGUGCCACCACAUCCGGCGUCUGCGAACAAGCUGGAUACGACCAGGAUCUCUACCCAGAGAGCCGUCUCCGUCUCGCCGGGCCUGGUCGGGGACGUAUCGAUCGUGAUCAUCUAG